AUGGCGCGCUCCCGCAGACUGACAGUGCUGGCAUCCGCCGUCACAGUAGGUGCACUCCUGUCGCUGCACUCCUCUGCCUCGACGGAUGCUCAAGCCUUUGCGAAUACGGCCUCGACGGCGGCAGCGGCUAUGAACUACUUCACUCAGCUGAUCCUCGUGCUCACCCCUGGAGUAGCCGUCUCUGGUGGGGCCUACAUCCUGGCCAAGCGUAGAGACAGUCCCCCGAAGCCCAUGUGGGUGAUUUCGGCGGCCCUGUUGGCGAUGCUGGCACUCUCGGCACCGCUGGUGUUGCCGGGCCGCUCCGACACGCAGGUGGUCGAGGAGAUCCAGCUUCGCAGCGGCGAGGAGCGCCUGAUGCCCAACGGCCAGGUCCAGCUGGUCUCCGACCCCAGGCCUGGCAACGGCCCUGCGGAGGAGGGCUGGCAGCAAGCACUGUGGACUGAGAUGGCCCAGGCCAUUCAGUCAGGAGAAGAGCAAGUUGUGAUGGUCUUCUCGCGUCCCGGAUGCCCUUGGUGUGAAAAGCUUCAUCCAGUUUUGGAACGCGCGGUCAAGAGACGGGCCGAUGCCCUGGCCGCCGGCCCUGUAGACGAUGCGGAGGGCCCGACGCUUCUCCACAAACCUCUGCGGAUAUUCAUCUACGACGCAUCGGAGUUUGGCCCGGUGAUGCGCCGAUUCGGUGUCGAAGGCUUCCCUACAAUGUACUUCUUUGGAGAGCCGGGAUCCAGGCCGACGGUUGUACCUGGAUAUCUGAGCGAUGAGGACUUCGACAAAGUGGCCAAAGCUGCUGCAGAGGUGGAUCUUCUGCUUCGGCUUGGUACGGACAUGCAGCUCAUGGAUCAAACCCUUCACUUGGCAGCAGCGCUUCUCCAUGACCAGCUGUCCAACCCUGACCCGACUCUGCAGCCUACGCUGGCAGCCCGGCCGCAGAGAUGUGGCCGGACCGAAGGGCCAGCGAGCGCUUAA